GGCAAAUCAUCACGAGGAACUUGAGCAUGUUAGUGUGCAUACUAUGCACACCGAAGCAUCCAGCUACGUACCUCAGCAACAACACCCUCUUGCGGAACCUCAGCAAGUUCUAGAGCAGUUCGCGGGUCAGAACCCGAAUAUGGCCAUCCCGAUGUUCCAGCCACAAAUGGUUGCGAACAUGUUUUAGUUCUUUCAGCAGAUGGCUGGAGCACAUGUACCUCCACCACCACCUCCUGCACCCAUCAUCUCGAUUGAGAAACUCAAGAGGAAUGGGGCAUAGGAAUUAUGCGGCGACCAGAUAGCGAAUCCCCUAAUAGCCAAGCGUUGGAUGCCGCCUAUGAUUGGUGGAAGCGAAUAGGAAUCAACAUUCCCGUGCCAGUACCAUGGGCUAACUUCGAUCCACUUUUCAGAGCAGAGUAUGUGCCCGAUCAUUACGUCAAGGCCAAAUAUGAAGAACUCUCCAAAUUUACUCAUGAGAAACUAACUCUCCUAGAGUACCGUCAACAGUUUGACGGGUUGGCCGAGUUUGGUAAAGACUUGGUCAACACCAUGGAGAAGCGCUGCAAGAGGUUCAUCAAGGGGAUGAUACCGGAUCUUUCGGCAUCACUCAUAUUAGUUCCCCGAGAUGAGAUUAACGAUUUUUACAAGAAAGCACUUGAUCAGAAUGAGGAGCUCAUACGGAAAGCGGCUUAUUAGAAAGCAUUGUUGGCAGAAAACCAGACCGUCCAGUCGGGUCCAAAGAUGGGGCCUAAUUACAAAAGAAGCUUCUCCACACCAAAUAGCUCUCAUCAUGAUAAGCGAGCAAAAUCUGUUCCCUCUACAUCUGUUGUUGUCACUAGUAAGAGUGGGAAAGAGAAAGUGACAUGUCGUAAUCCCGUAUUUUCACUCUGUGG